GCCAAGGCAGUACAUACACAACCUCCGGAGAGAGAGGUCACACGCGAGCACAGUGCAAUCCUCUUGAGUGCAAUCGGAAAAAAAGCCUAUUUCCCGGAUUACUCUACAGUGAUAUAGUUUUUCCUUCUUGUUGUGUGUGGGAUUUCUAGUCAACCACAGGGAUUCUAUUAUAAUUUUUCUCCGCGAUAUAUCAUGUGUAAAAGGUCGUGAGUGGACGACGAUGCUGAGCGAAGGUCGCCGGGAGGGGCUUCGGCUGGCGCUGAAUCGGUCCCUCAGCGAGCCCGGGGAGGCCGGCGCCGCAGCCGCCGCCCGCUGCCCAGUCUCGCUGCCGCAGCUGAUGGCUCCGCAGGUGCUAAGCAUGCCCGCCUCCCCCUGCGGCGAGAGCGCCACCAUACAGCGCUCCAUCCUCCUGCGGCGCGCGCGCGCGCUGGAGCCGUCCGAGGUGGCCCGCCGCCUCACCAGGACCAAGCCGCGCAACUUCCUGCUGCUCGACCUCAGGACCUUCAUCAACUUCAACCUGCGCCACGUCCGCAGCGCCAUCAACCUCAACUGCUCCGACCGCUUCAACCGCAAGCGGCUGCAGCUGCGGCGCGCGUCCGUCGUGGACCUGGCGUCGCCCGCCAGCCGCGACGUGCUCAAGAAACGGUGCUACAAAGAGAUCAUCGUCUACGACGACUCCAGCGCCGACCUGGAGGCGCUGCCGCCGCACCACCCCGUCUACCUCGUCCUCACGGCGCUGCUCGAGGACAACAGAGAGCCGCUGCUCCUCAAGGGCGCGGCAGUCGGGCGAGCGCGUGCUGGUGCACUGCCAGGCCGGCGUGUCCCGCUCGCCCACCAUGGUCAUCGCGUACCUCAUGAAGCACACGCGCCGCACCAUGGUCGACUCGUACAAGUUCGUGAAGGCGCGGCGGCCCAUCAUCUCGCCCAACCUCAACUUCAUGGGCCAGCUGGUGGAGUGGGAGACCGCGCUGCAGGCCAACAAGACGGAGGCCGACUGCACCCCCUGCCACCAGUGCCAGUGGCAGCGGCAGGAGGCCAAGAAGGUUCCCAACGCCUGCCAGGUAUGACAGUCCUGCUGCCACGCCGCCGCCGCCGCCGCCGUCGCGCUGCAGGGGCCACAGGGAGCCUCCGUCGCGGGGCGGCUUCUGCGCGGCGCUCACCGAGGACGAGAGUGCGUGCCCGCCCUUCGGCAGGAGAGGCUGCUCGUGCGGCAGCCCCUGGAGGAGGGAGGGGGCGGCGGGGACGGGCGGCGAGAAGCACCCUCUCUCCUUUGCAGAGAGAGACGAUAGCGAGCUCGCUGCCUCCCCCGCGCUGCCCGUCGGCGCGGCCCGGCGCGGCAGCCCCGCCCCCCGCCCCCCGCCCAAGCCUGCAGGGGCACGGGCGGCCGCCGCGGGCGCAGCAGGACGCGGCGGAGGGGCCUGGGAUCAGCGAGGAGGAGGCGACGCCGUCGGCGGCGGUUUCGGGGCCGCAGUGGUGGGCGAGGACCCGGCUCUCGGGCCAGACAAUGUCCAAGUGAAAUCCUCGAAAAGACGCGAGUGCACGCCCGCGGCGGACUCAGCCGCGAAGCGCCCGCGCUCUGAACUCAGUGGGUCUUAGUCUGUACGUCAUUUAUAUAAUCAAAAUCAGGGUCCCGUGUGACGAGUGUUACCGCUUGUGCUAGGGGGAGAGGACCGCCGACGUGCCGGGCGGAGGGACCAGCGCAGCCCGGAGGCGGGCGCGGCCUCGCGAGGGCGGCCGCCUCGCUCCGAGCCGCGAGGCCAGGGACACGCGAGACGCAGAUCGCAGUGGUGGUGACCCUCGAUACUUCCAGCGCAUCGUUGUUUGAGAGAGAGGGAGAGAAAGAGAGAAAAAGAGAGAGAGAAAGAGAGUAUGCCCAUUGACCAACGACUUUUUAAAUAAUAACACUGAAGGUUGUGAAAAACUAAAGUCAGAAAACUUCUCUUGCUGUCUCAAGAAAAGGGUAAAACUAUGGACUAUUAGGAAGACCACGAAGGCGGCGCCAGACCCUUCGUGCGAGGAAUGGAACGCGUGCCAAGGAAGCGACGCAGACCGAGGUCCCAAGACGCCCUCGGUCUCCCGACGUCGCGGAAGGAGGAGAGGAGCGGAAGCCGGAGGAAGGAAACCCGGAGGAGGAGCGCGACUGCUGGGGGCGCAGGAGAGGCGUCCCCCUGAGAACAGGCAGCUGUUUCCGAACCGACUUGGGCAGUUCUCCGGACGAGGGAAGGACGGGGCAGUUAAGAUGAUAGUGCAGUAUUAGUACAGUAAAUGUGUACCUUUGCCUUAACUAGUUGGUUUAACACUAGUGAUUCGUUGUUAUAAAUGCUAGUUUUCCUGCAUCCCAUGUGUGCGUGAGGAGAGAAUACUGCAUUGCCUUAUCAGGAGCCUUUCACUGUUUCUGAAAAGUUAAAAUGUGAUAAGUCUCCUUCAUCAUUUCUCGCAAAACAAAACAAAAGAGGAAUCUUUUUCACACAAAGUUAUUCAUAGCUUAGGACGGAGGGUCGAGGAUUGCGUGCGCCGAGCCGUCUCUCUCGGGCACAGCAUCCCUUCCGAAGCAUCACCUUGGCCACAGUUCCGGGCCCCCGACGCGGUGCCACGCGGAGGACUGGCCACCGUGGCCCUCUGCGGCCCGAAACAUAUCCGCUCUUCAGCCGAGUCCUCCGCCGUGCCGCCGUCGGUCGCUCGGGACGCGGGUCCACAGUCUCUGAGGUUAUCACACAGGAAAGAGGAGGAGAAACAGUAAUGAUACCGAAAGACCAUUCCAACAGCUCACAAAGUUCACGUGAAUAUUACCACAGUUUAGCCAGGAGAAAAAACGACGGAGCAGCCCCCGAGGACGGCCCGGCGCCUCGUCCUCUGGGGGCGCCGGGCGGGGGAGGCGUCGGCCAGUCGCCUGCCGCCCGUGACCUCGCCUCGCCCACGCCGCGGCGGAUCGAGGGCUCGGCUUUGCCUGCGACCAGCCACUGCAUACUAUGUACAUAUACAUGUGUAUAUGUUAGUAUGUGUAUAUAUAUAUAUAUAUAUAUAUAUAUAUAUAUAUAUAUAUAUAUAUAUAUAUAUAUAUAUAUAUAUAUAUAUAUAAAAGUAUGCACGUACCCCAUAUCAAAGCAGGAUGGCAAACGUGUAAAUGUAGAAGUAAUGAUAACAAAAAAAAAGAAAAUAAAACGAAAAAAAGAAUUGGUGUGUUUGGCGAGGGACUUGUACUUACGAAGCCUUCACUCUUCAGGGCGAUUUCCAAGAGUCUGCUAAGUUUUCAUGUCGUGAGUUUGUCGGUGGCGAGUGGACGUUUGAGUAGAGCAUUUCUGUGACAAAAAAGGUCAAAUGAUAUAUAUAUAUAUAUGAAAUGCGUUCGAAAAAAAAAUAAUUGGGUGUAUUGUGAGGAAGUAAAGAGUUUGUUUGUUUGUUUUUGUCUAGUGUUCGAGCGGUUAGGAUGAAAAUCAUUAUUUAUUUUUCUUCCCUCGUCCCAUAUUUUUUAAAAGAAGUUCAUCCCUUUUCUUAUUUUUUGGGGAGAAAGUCAUUUUCUCUCAAUCAAAUAGUCCUCAUGUGAACACUUAUGUACAUUAAUGAAUAACUUCAAAUAUAGAUUUAUUUAUUACACAUAUAAAUAGCAGACUUGUAGUACAAAAAGUCAACAUCAUUUAUUUUCUUUUGUAUUCCCCCGUUUUGUACUUGUUUUUUUCUUUUUUUUAUUUGUUUUUUUGUACCAUGUUAACGUUUCAUUUCCGGGUGCCACUUGUAUUGACGCCCCCCCUCCCCCUCCCCCUCCCCUCCCGCCUUCUCUCGCGUGGCCAGAGGUCGCGCCCGCAGCCGGGGGCGCGGCGACCCCGGAGCUCUCUCUAGCGCGGGCUCCGGCUGGGCAUAUUUCGCAGACCCGGGCAUUUAGACGCGUCGCUGUGCCCCCCAAUAAAAGGGGAGACUAUGAUAACAGUAAGGAAGGAAGGGACAGUGUUGCCAGCGAGAAGAAAUACCUCUGGUCGUGCGAGCGGGUUUUUCAUUGGAAGGAGGGUGUGGUAAGAGGGAAGAGGGGGGGAGGGAGGGAGGGGGGACCACCUCCUCCACCCCCCGGGUCGCCCCCAACCCCCCAACCCCUGCGAAUAUGAUGGGGUUGCCUGAAGGGUAAAUUAAAAAGAAUUUCGUAGGUUUAUGUGUUUUAUAUUUAUAUAUGUAUACAUACAUAUAUAUAUAUAUAUAUAUAUAUAUAUAUAUAUAUAUAUAUAUAUAUUCGGAAAACGAAAAAAAUCUAGUCUCAUUAAAAUUAGGGUUUACUUUAUUUCCCGUGUAUUUUUCUUGUAAUUUUAAUUAUGUAUGAUUUUUUUUUCUCUCUCUCUUUUUUUCUUAUCCAGCAAAAUGUAUUUAUUGUACAUGGUUUAGUGCAAAUCAUGACUUUGUAUUUAUUAUCUAGAAACUACUAAGAGGGUUUUAUAUAUCUGCCCUUUCAAAGAAAAAGAUUUUAAAAUAAAUGUUCAAAUAUA